AUGAAUUUAAAAUCCACUUUCAAAAAGAGCAGAAUAUUCAGUGGAUCCAGUGCGGAUUUGUAUAUCCAAACUAGCCCUAAUGUCCUUGAUAUAGCUGAUCUAGACUGCGAAACUCCACCGGCUGCAUACACCGAUGCAGUAUCUUUCAAUAAAGUCUGCGCCGAUGUUGGAAAAAUCGACAUGUGCUGCAUUCUUCCUAUCUUGGAACAAGCUCUUAUUUGCACUUCUCCCAGUGGUUCAUAG